CAGUUUGCUGUGGGUGAAAGUCCACUGUAGAUUACAAACACACCGCAUUGGGAUUCUUUUUUUUAUACCGAACACCGUAUCUUCAAGGAAUCCCCCCAUAAUUUCAGAUGGAACCUGCAGCAAGGAGAUGAGCCAGCUGGUUCAGGCUUCAGCACAGAGCGAGAGAGACUUCCAGUGUCUGUUGGCGUGUAUGUGCUAGAGAGUAUAUAUGUGUGUGUGUGUGUGUGUCUGCCGAGAGGAGAGAAGACUGCCUUCCAGCGGUGUGUGUGGGAGCAAUUGUGUUUCUUUGCUUGAGCUGGUGUGAGUGGGUGAGUUCUUUACUCUGAAUAGUAGAAGAAUGGCAGCUCGCUAGUGUGUGUUUAUGUGAAUGCAUGUGCAUGAGUGUGUGUUUUCCCGAGUGAGUGUGUUGUUUCCACCUCUCUGAGGAGUAGUAGGAGGGCAGCUCUCUCCCCCUGGCUGUGUGUGUGUGUGUGUGUGUGUGGAGAUGGCAGUGUGUGUGUGUACUACCCUGCCCGCACUGCUCCUGCUCCUGAGCUGCGGUGUGUGUGUGACGGUGGGAUACCCAUUUAGACCCCCCAUAGACCUGGAUGUCACCCCCAGAAUCACCAUAACUACCAGCGGUCUGUUGGGCUGCAGACGUUUCCAGUCCUCAGUAGUGAACUACAGUACUCUGCUACUAGAGGAGGACAAGGGUCUUCUCUAUGUGGGGGCCCGGGGGGCCGCGUUCUCUCUCAACGCCACAGACAUCUCAGACAGCACAGCUCGCACUAUUGAAUGGGAAGCCUCGACGGAGCAAAAACAGCAGUGUCUGAGCAAAGGGAAAGACAAUAAGACAGAGUGUUAUAACCACAUCAGGUUUCUCCAGAGAUUUAACUCAACUCAUCUCUACAUGUGUGGGACUUACGCCUUCAGACCUCUCUGUGCAUACAUAGAUGAGGGGAGGUUUAAAGUAUCAUCUGAGUUUGAGGAGGGCCGAGAGAAGUGUCCAUAUGGACCUGCUACAGGCUACACUGGCCUCAUCGUAGACCAGCAGAUGUACACAGCGUCUCAGUAUGAGUUCCGGGGCUUCCCGGAUGUCCGACGUAAUUCCCCCUCCCCCACAGUGAGGACAGAGGAGGCACCCACACGCUGGUUACAUGAGGCUGACUUUGUGGGCAGUGCCCUGGUGAGGGAGAGUGAGGGCAGUACCACCGGAGAUGACGAUAAAAUCUAUUACUUCUUUACUGAGAAGAGCCAGGAGCAGACACCAUACUACAGCCACAUUAGAGUGGCACGGGUUGGACGAGUCUGUAAGGGAGACCGAGGAGGUCUUUUGACCCUCCAGAAGAGGUGGACAUCGUUCCUGAAGGCCAGACUGGUGUGUUCCCUGCCGGAAUAUGACUUCUACUUCAACGUGUUGAGGAGUGUGUACACGCUGUCGGGGGACACACCUCACGACACGCUGUUCUACGGUGUCUUUGGUCUCGAGUGGAAGAACGUGAAGGCGUCGGCAGUGUGCCAGUUUUCUCUGUCUGAGCUCCAGCGGGUCUUUGAUGGGCCCUACAUAGAGAACCAGGACUCUGGAGCCAAAUGGAGCGAGUACACUGGCAAGGUCCCUGACCCACGACCUGGAUCAUGUAUAACAGACCAGUUGAGAUCCAGAGGUAUCAACUCCUCCACCUCCUUGCCAGACGACGUGUUGAACUUUGUGAGGAGACACCCUCUGAUGUCCCAGCAAGUCAAGUCUACAGAGCAGCGCCCCCUGUUGUUCAGGAGGACCACAGACUACACCCAGCUAGCGGCUCACAGGGUGAAGGGGCUGGACGGGCAGAACUACCAUGUACUGUUCAUGGGCACAGACGAUGGCUGGCUGCACAGGGCUGUGGAGGUCAAGGGCCAUCUACACAUCAUAGAGGAGCUACAGCUGUUUGACCAACCACAGCCUGUGGAUAGCCUGGUCAUCUCACACACACAGAUGAGUGUGUAUGUAGGUUCUCCCUCUGGUGUGGUCCAGCUGCCUCUCUCCACCUGUAGCAGGUACACCUCCUGUUAUGACUGUGUCUUCUCCCGGGACCCUUACUGUGGCUGGGAUGGACAGGACUGUGUGGACAUCACAGCACAGACUGACAGGUCUAACCUGAGUCAGGACGUCCUGUAUGGGAACAGAGGAUGUGACAGCGACACAGCAGACGAGCUAGUCCAGCACCGGAGCCGGUCUGUGAUGGUGGGAGAUGACGUGCUGCUCCAGUGUGAACUCGGCUCCAACCUGGCAACCCCAGUAUGGACUCUGGGUGGGUCAGAGCUGCAGGGCUACGGCCUGGACUCCGGCUUCAGAGUGGGAAAUGAUGGCCUCCUGGUCAUUGAGUCCCGACCUGAGCAGAGCGGCGAGUACACCUGCCACGCCCUUGAGAAUGGCAUCCGGGUCGCCGUGGUUACGUACUCUGUGACAGUUCGUUUAGACAUGCCCCAACCCCCUCCCCCACCCAUGGACCCCACCAAGGAAGACUACUCCUACUACACCCCCCGGGACUCUGACUCAUCCAGCCUUGACCCUCCUCCACCCAGCGCACCCCCUCCUCAGAAAGGCCCCUGCUACCCCCUUCCCGGCCCAUCUCCCCCCACCUCGGAGCUGCUCUCCCCCAGGAGCAUGGAGGCUAUGUACCUGUCCAUGAUCACCAUCCUAGGGGGUCUGUGUCUGGUUCUCACAGUGGUUCUCCUCUACGUGGGCUUCUGUCUUCGGGGCGGCCAGAGGGGGAAGUACUCUCUCCGCGCUGCCGCCGCUGCCUCUGCCAAUCACACGAACAGGAAGAAAAACCACAGGAAGCAGCAUCAGAAACGCCACAGUAGCUCCACCCACCUAGAGCUCAAGACCAUCUCCAGCCACUGUAAUGGGAAUGGGAUCUGUAAUGGUAACGGUGUCUCCAAACAACCGGGGGACGGUGACGCGCAUGAAGGGGGCUUCCUCCAGAUUGUCCCUGGGGAGGGCCAGUCGUCCCCCAACAAGGACCCCCCACCCCCUGCCCCUCCUCUCCCCCCGCCUCCUCAGACCCCCCACACUGCCCUCAACCAAUCAGAGUGUGACUUGCAAGACUUCCCCAGCCCCAACGGCCUAUCGGCGACGUUACCCAGCGUCUUGCGGAGGAUGCACGGUAACAGCUAUGUGUUGUUAAGACAGAGUGACGCAGACAGCAGUUCUCCUCUCUGCUACUCCUUCACUGAGGAACUCAACAGGAUCCUAGAGAAGAGGAAGCACACACAGCUGCUACCCAAACCGGACGAGAGCUCUGUGUAGUAGAGGGAAUCUGUGUCAGGGAGGUAGCUCCCCCUGUGGUGGGAGGACUGAACUGGGACAUUAAUAUAGGCCAUUUAGCAGAUCCAAAGCGACUUACAUCAGUGAGUACAUACAUUUUGUAUUGGUGGCCCCAGCGACAAUUGAACCUAUGACUCGGUCAUUACAUUCUGAAGGGCCUGUUGUAAGGCUCUGACUUUAUCUCCUUCUCCAAGUCAAGAAUAGUAAUACUCAUCGGGAGGAACUUGAGAAACUGGCCCCAAACCGAGGGGUGCAGAGAUCAUUUGUGGAUGACCCAUGCUGCUCACAGAGUACAUGGGCUCUAGGCAAGUCUAUAUAACAGCAACUAGCCUGAUCUGAAUUAUGAGAGGGAGAUAGCCUGCCAUUUGUCCUACUUAAAGGCCCAGUGCAGUCAAAAUGCUUUUUUCCUGUGUUUUGUAUAAUAUUGUACAACAGUUGAUGAAACGAACACUGUAAAAGUGUGAUUUUUUUUAAAUCAGUGUUAUUUCCUAAUAUUUGCUAGUUGGAAAUACAGUCGUCUAAUCAACCUGUUUGCAUUGGCGGGAGUUUCGGGUUGCCUGGUGACAUCACCAGGCGGUAAAUUAGUUCAUAGACCAAUAACAAAGAGAGUUUCUAACCUCUCUGCCAAUAACAGCUAGUUUUAAGUUUUCCCCUCCCCACACAGACCACUCCCAGACAGUCCUAACAAAAGUCUUGCUUGAAAAUUUUGCUAAAAAGCUGUUUUUGUCCAUUUUAAGGUAAGGUACUUAAUUGUUACCUAGAAAUGAUUGGAUAUAGAUAUAAAAACGGCUGCAAUGGGUCUUUUUUAAAGUUUUUGCACCACUGAAAAUGGGCACACAUCUAAUGAGUCGCUUGCAUGUGUGUUGGAAUAACAAUUAUGUUUCAAAAGAGGAGAUUUCUGCACAAUAUUCAACCUUCCUAGGAGCUAUUCUUGUAUCUCUAUCUCCUGUUUGACACCCAAAGGCAUGGGUUACAGUGAGGACUCACGUAAGAUAAGCCUCUCUCCUAGAGACAGAGAGAACCUACCUCAGCUCUGCAAAACUUAGCAGGCUAGAGCUAACCCAGCUCAAGUCAAUACGGCUCAGUCUGGAUCAAUAAAAGACUAACCCUGGAUGGGGUGAUUCAGGGAGCAGGCCUCAGAUCUCAGCCCCAGAAUAAGGUUCCUCGCUGGGCAGGACACGAGUGGCAGGGACCCUGUGAAGUCUCACCACAGACCAUGGUAACAAGGAGGAAAAGGAGGAAGAAGAAGAGGCUCGUAUGAAGUUGUUGUGAAUUGUGACAACGGCCUUGAAUUGGCUUGUGUUUUAAACUGGAGGCAGAUGUCCGAAGAUGGGACAAGAGGUGUUUUAACGAUGGUGUGCUCUACACCUUUUUAGCAGGUUUCAUAUUAGAACAUUGAGGGGAAAAGUGUAUUUGUUUUUAUUCUUAGAGGUUCUCAUUGUAAAUGAUCUUUAUUGAUUACAAUGGUAACACAAACUGUAAUAACCACAUUCAAGUAUUAUUAUUAACAUAUAGCAACGUUUAACCCAAGACAGAGAGAGUAUCCAAUGAAUUUGUAAGUCGCUCUGGAUAAGAGCGUCUGCUAAAUGACUUAAAUGUAAAUGUAAAUGUAAAAUACCCUUUGAACAUUAUAUUUGUGUUAGGAAAUAUGACAGUAUUAACAGUUUUUAUGCACUUUCAAUGCCAUUUGCUUCAGACAUUCCUUGGUUAUUAUGUACUCAAAUUAAUGGACACUACAAGCACAUCAGGACUAUGGGAGAUUCAACAUCAUCACACCCUGUCAAGAGACAACACCAUCAACUGAGUUGGAGCUAAUGGAUUAGCAGCACCCCUACACUACUGACUCUCUUUCUCCUAACCAACUCCAACGAAUGUGUCUGAACUGGGGUUGGCAAAAUUCCCAGUUCUGAACUCAUCACAGCUCAGCCACAGAGGAUCAGACAUCACUUCCGGUUCAUGGCCAUAACAACUUAUAGGCUACACACCUGAGACCUGAGAGAUGCUAUCUAGUUUGGGGCCUGUCUGUUUCAAACAGAUCUUGCUCCAGCCAUUCUCAAAUAUGGUGUGAUGUCUGGUACCGUGACAUGAAGAUCUUGCCAACUGGGAAUAGUGUAGCUUCAAAAUGUCAGGAUAAUGCCACCGUUUGGAAUCAAACACAGCUCCAGUGCAAUUGGAAGACAGCAAUUAUAAUCCAGAGUGAGUGAGGAAAAAGUCAAAUCCUCCCUUCUACAACCAGCUCCCUGCUCUAUCCCAUCUUAACCUGAGAACUGGAGUUGACAUGGAUACCUCAGUAAGUAAUAUAGGUCAUGGUACAGUACAACUACUCUCUGCAACCUGACCUGUGCUGUUCACCUCAAGAUACAGGAGCAAACUGUGGAAAGUGGCAUUUAAUGGUCCUGGUCUUCACCUCAGACUACUCUGCCCUCUAUAGCCCUCUCUGUAAAGAUGACAAACUAUCACAACAUGGAAGCUUACUAAUAGAAUGGGGGACCAUCAUAAACUGUUGUCAGGUUUUAAAAGGACUGCACUAUCAGUGCCACUACGUUCUUUGAAGAAAAACAUUUAAAAGGGGGAAAAAAGCAUUUAUAUUGUGAUUUUGUACCAAGUUGCUCUUCUAUUGCCGUUGUUGUUUUAAAGCCAUUUGUAAGAGGCUCUGAUGUGGGUCUCAGUCCAUUAGUGUUGCACAAGUAGUCUAAUAACACUGUUGAACAGGGGUCUCCAACUCUGGAGAUCUAUCUCCAACUCCUGGAGAUCUAUGAGUGGUGCAGGCUUUCGUUCCAGCCCAGCGCCAACACAGCUGAUGCAAGUUAUUAUGGUCCAGAGUCAGACUGAAGACCAUGAUGAAUUGAUUUUGUUUAGUAGGUAUGUUAGUGAUGGAUUGAAGCAAAACCCUGCACAUCCAGAUUCUCUCCAGUGCCAGGGUUUGGGGAAACCUGUUGUAGAAGCAUGGUAGGUUAGCCAACAGCAUGAUGAACAGAAUAUACCACCGUAGCUAUAAGGCUUAAAUUUAAAAAAUAAUAAAAUGUGACAGAUGAGACUGUUCUCAGUCUUGCCCAUUCAUCUGGGUUUGUUUAGAUAGUUUCUCAUCCACAGUGUUCUGCAUUUCUCUCUCUCGCUCCAUAUACUGUAUCUACCAAUGGUUUCUGUCUGUCUUUCUAUCUCUCUCGCUUUGUCUCACACACUCUCUUGCUUUAUACAGUAUCUCUACCCCUUUCUCUGUCUGUGCCUGUCUCUCCUUAUUUUUCUCCCUCCCUCUCCAUAUUUACCUGUCACGUUAUGAGUAAUAUGUCCACACAACAAGAUGUCCUGCUUCACUAACACUAACACAUUGAGUAGCAGCUCACUGACUUCUGGUUCGUUUACAUUUCAUUUUGAUGAGCUGAAAUUCUAAUAAACAAUAUGUUUCAACCUC